AAAGACUAAUUAAGGGCUAAAGUAAGCCCAAAAGAUUAAGAUUUAGGGUUCUUCAUUUGGGCAAGAUUCGAUGGCUGGGGACUGGACGGUGAUGGGCAAUCCGUGGGUGCCAUUGCCCAAGCGCGUGCUAAUCGUCAAGACGGAGGCCAAUGUCAAGCGGCAGCCGCGACCGAUUCCUCAGCCCUGCUGCGAGGUUUGCGGUGGCCAUCGCAGGGUCAAAUGCUGGAGAUGCGCUGGACGAGGUCGGACCAAUUGUAUAGAACACGUCAUGCUACCCGAUGGAGCUUGGCCGCAAUGGUGUGAAGAAUGCCGGGGAUCCGGGCUUGCGCAUUGCUCGCGCUGCCUCGGCACGGGAGAGAAGCGGGGAGUUAUCGGCUUUCACGUUCCAAACUCGUGAAAGACUUUACAAGGAAAGAGAAAGCGAGAAAAGAGAAAAGUUUGAUCGAUCGAGUGAAGCUUUGCGGCGAUGGGAAGGCUUUCAAGCAAAGUUAACACUUUACGAGAGAGUGGGGCAAAUCGAAACUUUAGCACUUUGCUGGAAAGAGAAAUUGUUAUCUUGGAUGGAAUCGAUCGAACAAAAACUCAUCUGAUCGAGCAAGCUAAGUUGGCGGCGGCGGCGCCACCGGUGGUGGCGGCGAUGGUGUCACUGGAUUCGGCGAUGGUGACGGCGAGGAGCUGUUGUUCCUGGCUCUAACCAGGAUGGGUACCAGGAUCACGAUGACCACGAUGAUCAAGAUGAUGAUCCCGAUGCAAGUCCACUUCCUGGCGCUCCUCUGGUGCUUCUUCGCGACUUGGAGAUUCGUGGUGCCUCUCGCCACGAACGAAGAAGCUCGGUGGACUUGAUCCUCGAUGCUGUUGAGCUGCUCGCCCUGCGCCUCAACCAGCACCGCCAUGUCGAGAAAGAUCUGGUGGAGUUCCAGCAAGUUCUUCUC